UUAUUUGAUUAUUGUCACUGGACUCCAACCAUGCACUAUCCCUUCAGACUCUCAUUUCCCAAAUGAGUCAGUCAGAGGAGGCUGAGUGUCCAUUAGGACAUGGUCUAAGACCACAAACCACCUUGUUCCACGUAAAAAGACGGAAACAAAUUCAAAGAGAAGGGGGGACCCUCAAAGUUUUGCUAAGAAACUCAGCAUCUACCGGAUUACUGGCUGAAUGCAAACAAGAAAAGGGGGUAUGAGGGGUCCAGAAGGUUGUCCUAGUUGAGUGGCAAAGGGGAGCUGGUUAGUGGGGAGGAUAAACCAGGAAGAAGACGAAGUAGGCAUUUCAGUGCACUGCAGGAUGGUGUCACCUCUGCCCUGGCUGUACCUUAUUUUAUGGGUAGAAAAUGCCCUUGGGAAACUUGAAGAUGAAGGAAACUUCUACUCAGAGAACAUCAGUCGGAUCCUGGACAACUUGCUUGAAGGCUAUGACAAUCGGCUGCGGCCAGGAUUUGGAGGUGCUGUCACUGAAGUCAAAACAGACAUUUACGUGACCAGUUUUGGGCCUGUGUCAGAUGUGGAGAUGGAGUAUACCAUGGAUGUUUUCUUCCGCCAGACCUGGACUGAUGAAAGGUUGAAGUUUGGGGGGCCAACUGAGAUUUUGAGUUUGAAUAACUUGAUGGUCAGUAAAAUAUGGACACCUGACACUUUUUUCAGGAAUGGCAAAAAAUCAAUUGCUCACAAUAUGACAACUCCUAAUAAACUCUUCAGAAUAAUGCAGAACGGAACCAUUCUAUACACGAUGAGGCUUACCAUCAAUGCUGACUGUCCCAUGAGACUGGUUAACUUCCCUAUGGAUGGGCAUGCUUGUCCACUCAAGUUUGGGAGUUAUGCUUACCCCAAGAGUGAAAUCAUAUAUACAUGGAAAAAAGGACCACUUUACUCAGUUGAAGUCCCAGAAGAAUCUUCAAGCCUCCUCCAGUAUGAUCUGAUUGGACAAACAGUAUCUAGUGAGACAAUUAAAUCUAACACAGGUGAAUAUGUAAUAAUGACAGUUUAUUUCCACCUGCAAAGGAAGAUGGGCUACUUCAUGAUACAGAUAUAUACACCUUGCAUUAUGACCGUCAUUCUUUCCCAGGUGUCUUUCUGGAUUAAUAAGGAGUCUGUCCCAGCCAGAACUGUUUUUGGGAUCACCACUGUUUUAACCAUGACCACUUUAAGCAUCAGUGCCCGACACUCCCUGCCAAAAGUAUCGUAUGCAACAGCCAUGGAUUGGUUCAUAGCUGUUUGCUUUGCUUUCGUCUUCUCUGCUCUUAUUGAGUUCGCAGCUGUCAACUACUUUACGAAUCUUCAGACACAGAAGGCCAAAAGAAAGGCAAAGAUUGCAGCCUCAUCCCCAGUGACAAUAUCAAAAGCGAAUGAACCCUUGGAAGCUGAGAUUGUUUUGCACUCUGAUUCCAAAUAUCAUCUGAAGAAAAGAAUCACCUCUCUGACCUUGCCAAUAGUCCCAUCCCCUGAGGACAACAAAGUCCUCACGAGAGCUCCUAUCUUACCGUCGACACCUGUCACCCCUCCACCACUGUCUCCAGUCUUUGGAGGCACCAGUAAAAUAGACCAGUAUUCUCGGAUUCUCUUCCCAGUUGCAUUUGCAGGAUUCAACCUUGUAUACUGGAUAGUUUAUCUUUCCAAAGAUACAAUGGAAGUGAACAACAGGGUUGAAUAGCUUGCAGCUAGGACACUCUGUAUUAUAUAUGUAUUAUAUAAGUUUUCAUUUUCUAAUUUUUUUAAAAAACAGCAUUGAGACUUGUGUAGAUGCUUUUCUGAAAAUGAAAUCAAAAUUGAAAAUCUGUAACACAUAGCUUUCAGUAAGCAUGUAUGAGUCAAAAAGCAAUAAUAUUACUCCUCAUAAUUGGAAGUUGGAGGUUGCUGAAAACUAUGACUUUCUUGCACAUCAGAGAAAAAAUUUGAUAAGAGAAUAAGAUGAAUUCAAGAUGAAUUUGCCAAACUUUGUCCUUCAUUGUUCAGUAUUUAAAUUGUCACUGCAAAUAACAUUUACCACAAAGCA